UCUCUCGACUCAGUAAAGUACAUACAAUCAAAUCCUUCAGAAAUGGCUCGUUUCCUGCAAAUCAUGCUCGUUGCCUGUUUGGCUUUCGCACUCUGCGCUGCUGAAGCUCCACGUUAUCGUGGGCGCAAUGGACGUCUUCAACUCUCCAAACAUCGCAGCCGUUUCUUGGCACGUCAAGAAGCCGCUGAGGAAGCAGGUGUGACUCCAUAUCCUUCCAAAAUGGAACUGAUUCCAGAGAUUCCAUUCGAUGAAGCCGCCGCCGCUGCCGCACCUGAACUUCCCGUUGAACCCGAGGCACCAGCUGCACCAGAAGGUGACUUAAACGUCUCUGUGAAUGUUGAUCUCCCAGCCGAACAGGAACCAGUCGAAGAAGAAGUUGAUGAAGCCGUGGCCGCUGUUGAAGCUGAGGGUGAACACGAACCCGAUCUCAUUUAUGGCCCACCAGAAGCUGAUGAAGCCGCUGCCGCAGUAGAUGCCGAGGGUGAACACGAACCAGACCUCAUCUAUGGCCCACCAGAGGCUGAGGAUGUACCUGCUGUGUAUGAAAUUACACCCGUCGAAGAAAUCGAAGCCACCAUCGCUGAAGAGGAGGAGGAACAGGCAGCUGCUGAGGAAGUUUUCCAAUCUGAACGUUUGAUUUCUGGUCGUCGCUUCAACACACGCAAAUCCGCUCGCCCCGCUAAGUUGCGCGCCCCUGCUCGUGCUCGUGCCACCUCCGCUAAAUCGGCCAGAAUUGUUAAGGCCAAGGUUACAACUAAGGCACGCUCAGCUCGUCUUCAACAAUUGCCACAACAACAACAGUUCUUUGUUCCUCAGCAGUUUGCCGCACAACAACAGCGCCAACCAAUCUACUACUACACCGCCGGUCAAUUGCAACAGUGGUAAAGACACAGCUACAUUCCAGAAUAAUUUUCUGAGAAAAGGUGGAGGGAAUAUAAUUGGUCUGAUGAACUGAUUACAAGUAUUUAAUGGGAUAUAGAAAAUUGUUAACAAUUAAUAUUAAGAGGAAUGAAUGGCGAUGCAGUACAUAUGUAAGAAUUGUUAAAGAUUUUUUCAGACUAAAAAUAAAUAAAAAACAAUAAAG